UGUGGUCCCUGGCGCCACUAUCCUGCGGCUCCCUCCCUGGCGAGGUAUUUAUUUAUACUCGCCGCCGCCCCGCAGCAGCAGCAGCACGGCAGGCACCAGGCACCAGGCAGGCACCAGCAGGCAGGCACACAGCAGGGCGGCGCCGCUGAGUCAUGACGGCUCGCAGCUAGAGGACGGCCGCGGCUGGUAUCGUCUGCCACGUCCCCAGCGGGGUAGAAAGCAUUGAGCAUGGACAGCGGCGGUGACAGCUGCUCCCAGAGCCCCGAGGCAGAGCAGGCGGAGGCUAACAGCGAGUCUGAUCAACUGGACUCCGAGGACAGCAAGGAGCGGGGGGAGCCGCCAGCCCUGGCCUCCCCCGUCGACAGGUGCAUAAUGAUCCUCAGACGUGCCAAGUCGGACACAGAAAAGUUUGCCGCUUUGCUCAUGGUGACGAAACUGAUCAAGGCGGAGGAGCUGGACGAGGCCAACAAGAAGAGGGUCAUGGAUGCCGUGGGGCUGUCAUUCCUGGCUCGUCUGAUGAGAACCAGCGAUGUUCCAGAGGGCUGCCCGCCUUACAUGUUUAAAUCCAUUGCAUUGACAAUACUAACGUCCUUCACGUCGUGCUGUAAGGGCAGUGCUGUGCUCCACGGGCUCAUCCCUGUGCUGAGUGAAAUUAUUUCAAAGCAGGAACUGUACGAGACAGACCUCACCCUGAUCAAGGAUGCGUAUCAGUGUCUCAAGUGCAUAGCGUCAGACAAGUGUGGCAGCAAGGCAGUCAUUGAUUUUGAGGCUGUGGGGACCCUGGUGGAGGCCUACGUCGAGGGCAACUUUGGCUCCGACAGCGCUCUUGAAAUCCUUCUCAUGGUUCUGUCCGAGGAAGGCGUACGUACGUGGGAAGACGAGCCCGAGGCCUUCGUCAAGCUCAUGAGUCACGCCGCGCACGAGUUCGCCCUCGACCACAGUGACCUUAAGUUUAAGUUGUGUGACGUGCUCAUUGACCUCCUGCACAGCCAGCCGCCGACAUGUGAGCUGGGCACCAAGCAGGAGUGGAAAGUGGACCUGCACAAAGGCUUGUCGGACAUUAUAUUCAGUAAGUUGGGCCGAGAGCAGCGGAACAGUGGACUUAGGCUGGCAGGGGCGGUGCUGGAGAGUCUCGGGGUGUCUUGGGUGCUCCAGGCGGUGGACUCGGAUGCAGAUGGGAAGGGCCGACAGCUCCUCCUUAUGAUGGUCCACUUGUCUUGUAUUGAGGUUCGUAUGGGGCUGGAGGACAAGACCUUCGAGGAGGCUGUGUCGAUAGCCCUACCCACCACUGCCUGCUACACCAUCCUAGAGUUAGCAAUCAUCUUCCUCGUGAACGGUGCCGUGGACUUUGAGCAGAAGCAGAAGCAGCAGUUGUACGCAGCGCUGAAAGGGGCUUUUAAUGCUGUCCUGAGUUUCCUGCAGGGUGCGUCGCUGGAAGAUGCCGUUCUGGAGAGUGAGAAGAACCACCUGUUUGUGUGUGCCACCAUACGCGUCCUCUGUGCCUGGCUGGCGGAGGAAACAGCUGCCAAUAAGGAUGAGGUAUACCAGACCCUGCCAUUCAUCAUCAAGACAUGCAAACACAACUUUGACCACAACAAAAAGAUCAUGUCCAAGUCCAAGAAGAAAGGCCAUUCUAAGAGUUUCUAUGCCAAGGAGAACAAAGAGAAGCUCCCCGAUGUACUAAGAUUCCUACUUCCUGGGCUGUGUCACCUCACGGCGGAAGACACCCCUCGGCAGAUCCUGAUUGACCUUGAGCUGGAGAACCUGUUAUUUGAGUACUUCAGCUUUCACUGGAAUAGUAUUAAAGACGCCUUUGGCCCACAGGGGAAGGAGGAGGUGGACAUCCCUGCAGAUAAGAUCCAGUCAGCCAGCGAGGCCAUGGGCACCAUCUCCAACAUAUUCAUGAACAUCGUGGUGCAGGAGCCAGAGCGUGUGCAGAGCGACGUGUUCUACUACUCCUUGCUUAAGUUCAUCUUCUGCAAGCUGCCGGACAUCCCCCUUGAAGUCUGCCACCUCAAGCUGAGUGGGAACAUGUGCAUCCUGGGUCUCAUGAUCCUGCGCCACCAGCACCCCAAUGUCAAGAGCACCGACUUUACCAUAUUUAGGUUCGUUCAGUCCACCGUUCGCUUUCUCUGGGACGCCCACAAUGUUGAGGAGAGCCGGGAUUAUGCCACGCUGGUUGUGUCCUCCAAGUACGAGUCUCACUGGGGCAGCCUGAUGGACUUGUGGUUCCUGGGCAUGCACACUCUCAGCCUCCUCCUGCCCACAAUACCCUGGCUCUGUGACUUCCUGAUGGAGAGUGAGUGGCCCCAAACCAUCGUGGCCACCCUUUUAACUGUCCGGGAAGGUGGCUUGGAUGUCGGACUGAAAAGUGCCUUUGAAGACUUCCUGUCUCUGCUCUGUAAGUCUUGCAAACAAGCCCACACGACCCUCCAGGAGAAAGGUAUUGUUCAGGUUUGCAAGAACCAUAAAUUUGAGGAGCUGGCCCUGGUCUUUGGUGCAAAACUCGUAGCAACAUGGCUGGAGGAACAGGGAUGGUCGGCGGAGAGCAGCUGGCAGGUCACGAGGGGCUUCCUUCACGACUUCCGGGAGGAGCCAGCACCGCCUUACACCACGGAUCAGGCGGGACUCGACAAGUGGAGAUGGGACAUGUGGAAGAGUGUCCUGCCCCCUGAGUAUGAACAUUUAGAGCGUGUGUACUCAAUAUGGAAAAAAGAGCGGCUUAAUCGUCUCCAGCUGAAGCCGCCUGUUAAAAAGAUGCUCGAUGACCUGGGGGAACACUUCAGCCUGGGACUAAUAACUAAUGGCCCGGCGGUAGCUCAGUGGGAGAAGAUCAGGGAGACGGGCUGCCAGGCGUACUUUGGGUCGCUGGUGGUGAGCGAGGACCAUGGCGUGGAGAAGCCCGACAAGGCGCUCUUUGACAUCGCGUGUGAUGAGCUGCAGGUCAGACCAUGCGAAUGCCUCAUGGUCGGGGACAAGCUGGAGACGGACAUACAAGGCGGGAUGAACGCGGGCAUGGUGACGGUUUGGCUGAACGACCGAGGCAGGACAGCACCCGAGGACCUGCAGCCGGACUACACCAUUGACCAUAUACUCGACCUGAUCACUGUGCUGCGAGAUAUGUCCUUUGACCUCUGAUGCUGCGCCAGUUCAUAGAAGGUCAUGGACGAUAUUGUGAAGGAACGAAAUAUAGGAAGAGAGGAAGAAAAGAAGGAGGUAGGUGAGGAAGGAAGGAAGGCCGAAUGAAAUAGAGAGUAUGAGAGUGAAAGAAAAAAAGUAGAGAAAGUAAAAGAUAGGAAAAAGUUGUGAAGAAGAAAUGUAGGAAUGCAGGAAGAGAAAUAAAUAAAGUAGAAUAAGGAAAGAAAAAAAGCAAGGAAAUGAGAAAGGAGGAAAAAAAGAAGUGAAAGAAGGAAUAAGAGAAAAUAGAGAAUAAGGAAGUGAAGAAGGAAGGAAGGAAGAAAUAAAGAAUAUUAGAAAAGGAAAAUUCAGAAAAGAAGAAAAAGAAGAAUUGCAGGAAAGAAAAACAGGAAUAAAGUGGAAUAAAGGAAGGAAACAUGGAAAAUAAAAGAAAAAAAUGAAGGAAAAGAAUGAAGUGGAGAAAGAAAAAAGCAAGUGAAGUGAAGGGAAGGAAAUAAAAAAGCAAAAAAAGAUAAAUUAAGUAAGAAAUUCAAGAAGGGAAAAGGAAAAUAAAAAGAAAUAAAAAUAUAAAAAAAAGCAAUAGAUGAAAAAAAAAAAAACAGGAAUGCAGAAAGUAAGAAAAAAUAAACAAAGUAAGAAAGAAAAGGAAAUAAAUAAAAAAAGAAAACACUAAUAAAGAAAUCAAGAAUAAA